GUCACAAAAUGACAUUGACAGUCAAAUAUAUAACCUCUUGAUACGUCUUAGUAGCAACAAGUUUUUUUGUUUUAAAAGUUAUUUAAAACUAUUUACAAAUAUGAAGAAUGGAUGAUUUCGGGAAACACGCACCUUCAUACCAACUAGAUCAAGAAAUAUUGGACGCGCGUGGCAUUAAUAUGACGGUUGAAGAAGUGGCAGGCUUGCCUACAUGCAAAUAUACGGAGAGAGUUCAGAGUCUGAUAUUAAAUGAAGAUGACUUGGCUUUUCUCAAGGGUCUACGACGGAGAAUCAAAAAUAGACUCGCCUCACAGAACAGCCGACGUCGCAGUAUGGAGCACCUACGACGCUUGACUCGGGAGCUGCGAGCGGUGAGGGCGUGUCGAGACGACGCGUUGAGCGAGAGACGCGCCCUCUUAGAGUCCAGAACGGAAUUAAGAAAGAGCUUCAGUUUGCUACGGAACCAUGUUUUACAGACGCUGAAACAUCGUUCCGAUCCAACAGAAGUACCAGAUAUUGAACAAGAAAAAACCGAAACCCAUUACAAAGAAAAUCCAAUUAAAAAAGUCGAAACGAAACCCUUACCAAAUAUACAAAGUUUGCGAGAUAAUUGCAUAGAGACGGACAAACACGUUUUUGAAUGUCGAAUCGAUAAGCUGGUCCAGCAAAGCGUCAAUCACAUGUAUAAAGAGAAGGCUGAGAAACGAGUUUUCGCGAAGACAAUAUUUUUAGACGGAAAGAAAAAUUUCGGAUCGACCAAAAUCGAUGGCGUUGACGGCGUUCUGGAUCUUUGUGUCAAGGAGAAGAGGAAGAGCCACGGCAGGAAACAAUUGGCGCCUCGAAGAAUAACGCAUUGUACUGACAAUGAUGAUGGUGUUCUCGAUUUGAAGAUAAAAAAAGAAAACCAGUGAUAUUCUUAGAAAGUUAUACCUUAAAACUAUAAGUAGCCAUUAUUUCUAGACCAAAAAAAAAAAACUAAAUAAUUUCACAGAUAAAAAAUAACUAAAAAUUAAUAUUAUUUUAAAUUGGUAUAACUUAUUUUUAUAAUUAUAUUAAUAAGUAAACAAAAAAAAAAAAUCUAAAAGAUUUUAUCUGAAAGAAAUAUUUGGUAUAUUUUUUAUCUGUGCCAAUUCAAAUAUUUUAUAUUUUUAAAUAUUAUAAACGGUGUAUGGACCAUAGUGUAUACAAAAUGUUGAAUUAAUCAUGGCGUUAUAUUUGUUAAAAAAUUUACACAAUUAUAUACAAAAGGCUUACAUCAAUAGAUUUCUUAUUAUUAUAAAUGAUAUAUAACUACUUCACCUAUAUUUUUUAUUUAGGGGUUGAUCGAUUAAGCAAUGCUGUGUCUUCUUCUUUCAAUUGUCAAAUCAAUGAAAAAAUGGAAGAGAGAAAUAUUUAAUUAUGACCAACUUAAUUGUUUAUAAAUAUUUCAAAUCGAACAUGUGCAAUAAUUGCUGCUACUGAACAUUUCUUAGUGCACACAGAAAGACCGUUCAAGGAAUUACAGGACCGUUCAUUAAACAUCGAGUUGUGUGUUUGUUUUGUCUGAAAUAUUGUUGGGCGUGUGUACUCGCUCUUACAAUUACAAACAUAAGGCAUCGCAAACAAAAAUGAAUCGCUGUGUGUAUAAAGCCUUCAUUAAUAACUUUUAAUCGCCCAACGCUUUGAUAUCCACAAGCCAUGACCGUGAACAAAAUUAUCCCACCACGAAAAAUAAGUUUUAUUUCCAAAUAUUCUAUUAUAAUAUUAUCAUCUUCCUUUAAUUAUAUAUUAAAAAUAUAUAUUAGGAUGUCUUCCCAAGCUAUUUUGUAAAAAUCUAAAAAUAUUUUAGAGACAGUUGAAUUUUUUUCUUGUAUUGCAAUGGAUUUUAUAUAUACUGCCAAAAAUACACCACAAUUUUUGUAAUUAUAUAUUUGUUUAUAUUUGAUGUGAAGUAUUUUUAAAGUAUGAUAUAUUCUAUGGGCGCCAUUACAUUUAUAUAAAAUGCAAAUGGAGUUGAAGCAACGUUUAUAUUUGUAACGUUUCAGAGAAACUUCACUGAUGCCACAACGUCAUUCUAUCACAUAUAUUGGAAAUGGAACAAUGGAAUGCGCUUUAAUUUUUUUAUGUACGAAGAGUUAUUAAAGCUAUAAAAGUUUUUGUUCAGAUUGAGUUCUAAUAUACUUUUUUUUGUAUUGUAUUAGAUAAGCAUCUGGCAACAUCGCUCAUAUUUUUUGUCACUGUAAUAUAUAUUAACAUUUUACAUCUCCAAUGCCCCACCAACCUUAGGAACAAGAUGUUAUGUCCCUUGUGCCUGUAUUUACGCUGAACUUACCAGGACAUGACAGUACUAAGGGUUCGAGUGAGUUUGGCUUUAACUGCGCAGGACUUUAAUUCUAUAACUUAAGCUUAUUUAAUUGGUAACUUUAAAAUUAUAUUCAUUUAUAUAUAUCUCAACUUUAGUUUUAUAUACAUUAAAUCGAGAAAGAUGAUAUAUGCAAAAUAGCGGGAAAUGCAACAUGGUCGCCAUUUUGAAUUUACACUACCAUGUUUGUGAAUUUUAGGUUAGUCUUGAUUUCUGGAGUAAUUUUUUUUUUUUUAUAGAAUAGGAAGGCGGACGAGCAUAUAGGCCACCUGAUGGUAAGUGGUCACCAACGCUCUUAGACAUUAGCAUUGUAAGAAAUGUCAACCAUCGCUUACAUAUCCAAUGCGCCACCAACCUUGGGAACUAAGAUUUUAUGUCCCUUGUGCCUGUAAUUACACUGGCUCACUCACCCUUCAAACCGGAACACAACAAUAUCAAGUAUUGCUGUUUUGCGGUAGAAUAUCUGAUGAGUGGGUGGUACCUACCCAGACGAGCUUGCACAAAGCCCUACCACCAGUAAAUACUAUAUAAAUAAAUAUGUAUUUAUUUAUAUGGUUAGUACGCAGUGCGCUUUACAUAAUCAUGCAACUCGUCAAUAUGCUCAACGCCAAUGAUUAUGCAGUCCGAUAUGCGAAUAUAUUUUAGCCAAUUAUGCCGUAAGAAAACCAAUAUGAAUAAAAUUAUUUUGUACUCGAUAAAAUUAUAAAGCAGUUCUAACAAGCUGGUAACACUCUAAUCCGGCUAGUUCUUAUUUGUUGUGCUUAAUGCAAUACUUUGAUAUACAAAAUAUCACAAGCCUAAGGACAUCCUUUUCACCGAAACAUUGGCGCGGUUUAAAAUACGAACAGCGCCAUCUAUUAUCACAAAUGAAAUUUUUAUAUAUUUGUAAGUAUAACAUUAUAUUUUUUAAAUGUUUAUUAAGUAUUUUAUAUGUAAAGUUUAUGCUCGAAUUUAAAUUAAUGUUUAGAAAAAAUAUUAUAUUGUAUUUUUCGUAAAAUAAAAUAAUGUAUGCGGUAAUAACUUAAAAUGUUUAUACAUUUUAUGUAUUGCAGUGUUUUUUUAAUAUUUUUUUAAGCUUCAUAAACUGGAAGGUGUAUCACAAUGGAGUCCGGAACCUUCCCGUUUUUUAAUUAGUAUUUUUUUUUAGUUACAUAAAAUGUCUAUAAUAAUGUAAGGUUGUAAAAAAAGUCAUGAAGAAAUAAGAAAAAUUACUCGUAAAUUUUACAAUUUUUUUUUUAUAUAAAUCUAAAAUAUUUUCAGUGUUUUUAUUGAUGUUAUUCAAUUAAGAAAUUAUUAAUAAAAUCUAGACCCGAAAAAAGCAUAUAUGUCUAUUAAACAAAAAUACGUUUACACUUUGUAUGAAACUAUCUGUCCCUUUCAUUCUUAUGUAAAGAAUAUGAUUAUGCAUUGAUGACAGAUUAAUCGUUUAUUUUGUAUAUAAGGUCUUGUGUAUGCCAGAGCUGUGACAUGAGAAAUUGUUUGUGUUUUGCUCCGAUUUACACAUUGUCUAUUGUUAUUAGAGUUUAAUAUAUUAUCUAUGCUAGUAUUAUAAAUGCAAAAUUCUGUCUGUCUGUCUAUUAAGCUUUUAAGGUUAUACCACUGACACGGUUUUGAUGAAAUUCGGUAUGGAGCAAGCUUGAACUAAGAAAAAAUAUGGUUUUUUUUUUACCUAUCUGCCCCCCUCCCUCUUAAACGUGGGCGAAAACUAGGUUACUAUAAGUGACUAUUUUUACAUUUUGUCCAACGUGCAUUGUUUAUGACUAUAAUUUUUUUUUUUAUUAUUGUAAUAUUUUGUAGUUGUAAAUCGCUUUCAAAUCGCAUACGAGUUUAAGAAAUAAAUGUAUCGUAUUAAGUAAAAGGCACCAAAUCGUUUUAAGUUUUUUGUGCAAUUUGUCCGGAUAGUGUAGUUUUUUUUUUUUAAUUUUUCGUUAAAGAUACGAUU